AUGGCACCUAGAAAUUCAAAUGCAAAUGCAAACUUAAAUGAAUCUCACUCACAUCUUGAAUUUUCACAAGAUCCUAACAAUGUGUAUUAUCUCAGUUCAUCUGAUUUAAAUACUACAAAAUUAGUUCCUAUAGUUUUUUCUGGUUCUGGCUUUGCUGAUUGGAAAAGAUCCAUGGUGAUUGCAUUAUCAGCUAGAAAUAAGCUAGGUUUUGUUGAUGGUUCUAUAUCAAAACCAUCUGGAAAUGCAAAUUUACUGAAAAUAUGGACUAGAUGCAAUGAUCUAGUUAUAUCCUGGUUUCUUGCUUCAUUAGAUCAAGUCAUUGCUAGAUCAAUAUUGUAUUUCAAAACAGCAAGAGAGAUUUGGCUUAAUCUUGAAGAAAGAUUUGGUAAUUUUUCUGGAACUGAGUUAUAUAGUCUGCAACAACAACUGAAUGACGUAACUCAGGAAGAAGAUGAAAAUAUUUCAGAGUUUUUUACACAAGAAUCAAAUCUCUAUGGGAUAUGA